CGCUGCUUUCUGAUUCUUAGACUUGUUGCGCAGCAGCGAAAUGGAGAGUCUAGACUCCGACCUCUCCGGGAAGCUCGACCUUGAGGCUUGUUUCCUAAGCCCAAGCGUUCGGCUCCGAGGGACCGGUGACAUGGAGGAGACGCUCGGUGCUCUCUUGGAUCGCCAAGCGGUGAUGAGGUCGGGUGCCCCUUGUGAAGCGGCUGCUGCUUCUUUUCGAGCUAUCAGCAGGCCGGAGAUCGUCGACCGGUGCUGCAGUCUAACUCAGGAUUUUGGAUUAUCCGAUGACCUACCUGUCAUCAGCAAUAUCAGUCACGACGAAGAUGUUAUCUCUGCCAUCUUUCCUGACAGCGAAAACUUCUGCAACUUGAGCUGCACCGGUAAUGUUUCUUCCGGGGAGUCCGAGAACCAUGGCUCGUUCGAUGACCUUAAGUGGAACAGAGAUGAGAUGGCCUCCCGAGUCUCCCCUGAUCCACUUCUUCCCACUGCCAAGAGAAAGCCGAAUUCUUCGCCCGAGGAAGAAGGUCUUCGGAAGAACCCGAGAUCGGAGAAGCAUUCAAGCUCUGUGGCCAUCGAGACUGUAGCAGAGGCGAAGGAGAUGAUCUACAGGGCUGCAGCGCUGAGGCCGCUGACUCUGGGAAUGGAGGAGGCGGCGGCAGCCGAGAAGCCAAAGAGAAAGAAUGUGAAGAUAUCAAGUGACCCACAGACGGUGGCAGCAAGGCGCAGGAGGGAAAGGAUCAGUGAGAGGCUGAGGGUGCUGCAAAGGCUGGUCCCCGGCGGCAGCAAAAUGGACACUGCAACCAUGCUCGAUGAGGCCGCCAACUAUCUUAAGUUCCUCAAGUCUCAGGUCAGGGCCUUGGAAACCCUCGGUGAAAGGCAUGGCCAUGCAACCAACAGUGCCAUCCACCCCUUUCCACUAGCUCUGAACCAAGCUUUUAGAAUGCAAAGAUGAGAGAUGAGGCACGACUCAUCCCUGCGAGCAUGGGGCACGAGUCAUUCCCUUUUCUCAUUCAGAGAUAACUUUCCCAAAUCCACAACACCCAACCAUAAGAAACUAUUGGCUAUUAGCUUUCCCCACCAAUAGUUUCAGCUAUAGAUUAAACCUCUUGUGUAUCCAUAGCCUUUUAACCUCUAAGGAAUAGAUAGCAGCAGUGCAACACUUUGGCUUUCACCCUUCAGAUACCUGUGAACUAGUUCCUGUCAACUGCACAUAUAAGAGCUUCACGGUGACAUUUAAUCUGUCACCCUGAAGUCUGACUUCUCUAUCACAAAGUUGUAAGAGGUCGAUCUGUUCUCUGUCAUCCGAUUGACCUGAAGCGCGAAUUUUACAGUGUCGCAGAGCACGAUGCUGCUGUCUUGGUUAAGCCGGAGUACCUUUGCGAAGACCACCUGCACAAUAGGUGAGCACGUUGGAGACAGAGAGACAGAGGUUGCCAGUCCACGCAAUCACUGUGCUCCAAUUACCUUUCUCUACUAUUCUCUUCGCUGAACUCUGUACUGAUUAUGAUGUCAUA